AUGGCCACUUCUCCCCCAAACUGUCCACCAUUUGAUUUCUCCGGGAAGUAUUACCAUAUCUCCGGCGACGGAGGCAGUUGUGUGAGGCAGAGCAGUUUCUUUGAAGGCAAAGCAGUGCUUAAUCAAGGUGUUGGGUACUCUGUUAUUCUUGGAUUUGGAGCUUUCUUUGCAGUCUUUACCUCCUUCCUGAUAUGGCUUGAGAAGCGAUAUGUUGGGUCCCGUCACACGUCGGAAUGGUUCAACACUGCAGGCAGAAAUGUUAAAACAGGACUUAUUGCUAGUGUGAUUGUAUCUCAGUGGACUUGGGCUGCAACAAUCCUACAAAGUUCCAAUGUUGCCUGGGAGUAUGGAAUUAGUGGUCCUUUCUGGUAUGCAAGUGGGGCUACUAUCCAGGUACUCUUGUUUGGUGUCAUGGCUAUAGAGAUCAAAAGAAAAGCUCCUCAUGCUCACACUGUUUGUGAGAUUGUUAAAGCUAGAUGGGGGACUGCUGCUCAUCUUGUCUUUCUUGCUUUCUGCUUCUUGACAAAUAUUAUUGUAACUGCCAUGCUUCUUCUUGGUGGUUCUGCUGGUUGUGAAUGCACUCACUGGAGUGAACAUUUAUGCUGCAAGUUUUCUUAUUCCUCUCGGUUUUAUUGUCUAUACACUAGCGGGAGGGUUAAAGGCCACCUUCUUGGCAAGUUAUAUACACUCUGUAAUAGUUCAUGUGGUUCUGGUCAUCUUUGUGUACCUAGUGUACACAGCAAGCAGUGA